AUGCAUGCAUCCGAGAAAAAGCUCGCAAUUACUACUCCCUCCUUCCAACCACCCCCCGGCGGUAACACCUUCCCGGCGAUUUCACCUCGCUCGGGGCAGGAUAACAUCCAAUCGUCGCUGUACCAGCUGUGGAUCCUGGGUGCCCUGGACAACACCGGCGGCCUCACCGCCCUCGGGCGCAAGAUGGUGGAGUUUCCCUUGGACCCGCCGCUGGCGAAGAUGCUGAUAUUCUCGGAGAAGAUGGGGUGCUCGGCGGAGGUGUUGGUGGUGGUGUCCAUGCUCUCGGUGCCGUCGGUAUUCUUCCGCCCGAAGGAUCGGGAGGAGGAGUCCGACGCGGCGAGGGAGAAGUUCUUCGUGCCGGAGAGUGAUCACCUCACCCUCCUCAACGUCUUCCAGCAGUGGAAGCUCAACAACUUCGGCUCCCAGUGGUGCACCGACCACUUUAUUCACGUCAAGGGGCUGCGAAAAGCGCGGGAGGUUCAUGCGCAGCUGCUGGACAUCAUGCGGCAGCAGCGCAUCGGCCACGAGUCGUGCGGGCAGGCGAACUGGGACACCGUUCGCAAGGCCAUCUGCUCGGCGUACUUCUACAACAGCGCCAAGAUCAAGGGCAUCGGGGAGUACGUCAACAUGCUUACCGGAAUGCCCUGCGCUCUGCACCCUUCUUCCGCACUGUCGGGGCUGGGGUACACCCCGGACUACGUGACCUACCACGAGCUGAUCUUCACUACCAAGGAGUACAUGACCAACGUCACCGCGGUUGAGGCGGAGUGGCUGGCGGAGCUGGGGCCCAUGUUCUUCUCGGUGAAGGAGUCGUACAAGACCAGGCUCGAGAAGCGUGUUCGCGAGAGGGAGGACAAGGCCCGCAUGGAGGUCGAGAUGAAGGAAGCGGAAGAAAAGUAA